ACUCUGCUGAACUACACUUUUUACUUAUUUUUCUCUUCACUUUCUUUCAUUCGGUUUGUUCUCGGUUCAUUCUUUAGUCUGUCAGAGGAUACCGGAGCCUCCUCGUGGGCUGGAAUUUAUCCCCACGAGACAUAAAGAGACGCAACAGGAGGUUUGAUCAGCGACUCACACUGUCAGAAGAACAAGGAUUACGUUUAACGGAGACUAAAGGAACGAACGUGGGAUCUAUUCAUUACACAUCUGCCCAAACCGUCUGGACACAUAAUCUGACCGGGAUAUCUGACCCGGGAUAUUUGCUGUGUGACCCGGGAUAUGAGCAGCCUGACCGGUACGUUUGUCCUCAGAGAUGAGUCCCUCAGCAUGUCAGCGCUGCAGCCUGGGCCUGAUGGUCCUGGUGGUGCUGGUUCAGGUCCUGGUUCUGCUCUAUCCUGUUGAAGGAUACAAUCUGGAUCAGGAGCACAGUCUGGUGUUCAAUGGAACCCCCUCCUCUAUGUUUGGAUACUCAGUCCUGCUGUAUCGUUCUGGACUUCACAGCUGGUUGGUGGUUGGAGCUCCGGUAGGAAACUCAUCUUUUCCUCCUCCUGCACAAUCUCCGGGAGCUCUUUACCGCUGCAGCAUCAGCGCUACUCCCGGCAGCUGUGAGCAAAUGUAUGCUGCCGUGGGGAGUUGUGGGAAGACGUGUCAAGCUGAGAGUGAUAACCAAUGGCUGGGAGUCAGUCUGUCCAGACAACCUCGAAACAACGGAGGAGACAUCCUGGCCUGUGCUCACCGUUGGAAGAACGUCUACUACUCAAAGAAAGAAAGUACGAACAACAAGCUGCCCAACGGAAUCUGUUAUCGCUUCAGUGACAUCAUGACAUAUCCCCAGUCAUUUCUCCCCUGCUACAGAGACCACCAGAGGAGGUUUGGGGAGGAUUAUGGGUCAUGUCAGGCUGGUAUUUCCAACUUCCUGACAGAGGAUCUGAUCAUCACGGGGGCUCCAGGGACGUCUUAUUGGACAGGAUCAGUUGUGGUCUACAACAAGACCAGCUCAAUAUUGUCAUCGUAUCUGGACUUAGACACUGGAGAGGUCAGCUUUGGAAGCUACCUGGGUUAUUCUGUUGGAGCCGGUCACUUCCUGAGUCCUUCUUCUACGGAGGUGGUGGGUGGAGCUCCGCAAUACAACCAGAAGGGCAAGGUAUUCAUCUUCUCGGCAGAAAAAGUCCUGCUGCAGGUCGUGUCUGCAGUGUCGGGGGAAGAGCUGGGCUCUUACUUUGGCUCCAGUGUGUGUGCGGUGGAUCUGAAUGCUGACGGUCUGUCAGAUCUGUUGGUUGGCGCUCCCUUGGCAGUGGGUGCCGCCAGGGAUGAGGGACGAGUCCACGUGUACAUCAACCAGGGGGAGGCGAAGCUGUUGGAGGCCGAGUUUCACCUGACUGGCAGCAACGCCUACGCUGCCCGGUUCGGAGAGACCAUCACUGACCUGGGAGACCUGGACGAUGACGGUUACCCUGAUGUGGCGAUUGGUGCCCCACAUGAAGACGAUCUAAAAGGAGCCAUCUACAUCUACAAUGGCAGGAAGGAGGGAAUCUCACCAACUCCGUCUCAGAGGAUUACUGGAUCCACCCUGGGUCACCGCCUCAACAUGUUCGGCCAGUCAAUGAACUCUGGCAUUGACAUUGAUAAUAAUGGCUACCAAGACGUGGCAGUGGGUGCAUUCCUCUCGGACUCAGCUGUAAUUCUCAGGACCCGUCCGGUGAUUCGGGUGGAGGCGUCUCUGACUCUGCCGGAGCAGAUUGAUCAGCGGCUGGCACUUUGCAGAGAACACCACACUCCAACCGUCUGCUUCAACGUUACUGUCUGCUUCUCUGUUAGCUCCAGACAGUACAGAGGAGCUAUAGAUCUUAAUUAUAAUUUGACCUCUGACCUCCUCCAUAAGCCAUUCUUCCCUCAUCGUUUCUAUUUCCAUGGUAACGGGUCAUCCAAUAUCACAAGGGGUCAUGUGAGAGCACGAAAUGGCCAGCUCACUUGUACAACACACAGAGUUUUCCAAAGGAAAGACGUGAGGGACAUUUAUACUCCUGUGCGGUUUGAGGUUUCCUACAGUCUCAGAGAAACACACACCCACAGAACCGGUGCCAAAGCCUUCCCUCAAUUAAAACCCAUUCUGCAGCAGAGAGCAGGACACCGGAACACCAUCACCAACCAGACGCAGUUUGCUCGUUCCUGUUCUCGGGUUAACUGCUCCACUAACAUGCAGCUGUCAGCUCAUAUAGUGCUGCCACAGCAGCUGCAGUACUAUGCUCUGGGCUCUGGACGCACUAUGAUGUUGAACGCCUCGCUGCUGAACUCUGGAGAUGACGCCUUCCUGCCGCGACUGAUGCUCCGUUUCCCCGACAACAUCCACUACAUCAAAGUCCUGCAGAACGAGGACAACGCGGUGAGCUGUGAUGUCACACAGGAAGUCAACAGUACAACAGUGGGUGUCAUUUGCAGUGCCUCCAGCUUCCUCCUGCCAGCACAGGCUCAGAUGAAUAUCAGCUUCUUAUUGGACGUGAGCCAGAACAGCACACCUGGUGACAUCAUCAUUCAUGCCAACACCAGCAGUGACAACUAUGAGAGUGAAGACUAUCUCCAUGACAACUGGGUCACUCUGCCUCUUCCUCUUAGAUAUGGAGUCAAUGUCAACAUCCACGGUUUCGUCAACCCCACCUCAUUUGCAUUUGAAGAGGUGGACUCGACCCCGGUUGACUGCUACACCGAGACGUUCAACUACACCUACAAGGUGUUAAACUCUGGUCCCAGCAGGUCUGUAGAUACUGUGGUUGACAUCGCUCUUCCAAAGAUUCUGGCUCCUUACCGACACAGACUGCUGCAGGUGGUGGACUGGCAGACGUCUCACGGUGUGUGUUCCAUGAGUGACACAACUGUUUCAGUUAUUGAGGACUGUGACGCCCCCAAAGCUUCCUUCAUCAAACAGAUCAUCUUCUUCCUUUCCCCCGUCUCCACCCGGAGAAUGUUCUGCAGCCGUCAUGACCACCUGUGCGAGUGGUUGGUGUGUCGCCUCGGUAACCUGGAGGCAGGGAGAGAAGCCACCAUCCGACUGGAGACCAGACUGAACCCUGCUGUGCUACUGCAAGCUCCGGGUCGUCAAGGUAUCAUGACGUUGGAGAGCAUUGCAAUGAUGUCAUCUCCCAGAGAAGAUCCUGACACCACCAUCAUCCAUGAACAUCCUCUGGCACAGGUGUUGGUGGAAGCUCAUUUUAGCCAGAAACCCUCAAUGCUGGUGAAGGUCUUCAUCAUCAUCGUCAGUUUAGUGUUGGGUCUGAUGAUCCUGGCUGCUCUCAUCUGGUGUCUAUGGAAGGCUGGAUUCUUUAAGAGGACCCUCCAGAAGACAGAGGAGGAGUUCAAGAGAGACAGCUGGGACUACGUUCCUCAAAGCAACAAAAGAGAAAGCUUUUCCUAACCACCUCUGAACAUGACCUCUUGACCUCUGACCAUAGGAUGGAGUUCAUAUUGUGACUGUGCAAAAGUUUUAAUGAGACAAUUUGUACUGAUGGAUGCCAUGGAGGAAGUGCUGUGUAAGAAAUGACAGCAACCCCUUUCUGUCCAGAACUGUAGAAAGUAUUGCAGGUGAACGUCAUGGGCCAAUGAAGUGUGUUUGAUGUGUGUGUGUCAGAGGGUUUGACGUUACACCCACAACAAGGCAGCCCUGCUAGUUACCACACAGACCUUUAUGUGAAUGUGACCGUGACCUUUUAUCAUGUAACAUGCCUGAUGUGCCUUCACAAAUACACACCAGCGUCAAGACUUGAACAGUCUGCAACAAUGGAGGAGUAACAAACGAUAUAAAAAGGGAAGCAAAACAAUCAAAUGUGGACAAUUUCCGAAGGCUUCGGCGCUUCCUGGGAUGUGACCCCAUGUUACUGAUGACAUUCAUACAGACACUUUUGAGGAAAAAAACAAACCAAAGGAAGCAACUUUCACUUUCUGGUGACCUUUGAUCUCAGGGGAUGGAAACACGGCCUCUGAUUGGCUUGUAAUUUUCUGUAUAUUUUGUUUUCUACGUUUUUGUUCACCUGCUGAUCAACACUUUAUGCACUAGCCACACACACACACACACACACACACACACAGACACAGACACACAAAACAGACUCACCGGUCAUGUUGUAGCACAUACACUGAUCAGACAGAAGUUGAAGUAGUCGGUCUGUGGCAGCCAUAUGGACCCAUCCAGGGAGCCAAUGAAAAACUGCUGCUUCUGUGGCGUGUUGACACACAGUGAGGCUGGGAAAUACGACGGUGGCAAAUCUUGAAGCAGGGUAGCACACUAACCUGCAGUAAUACACAUCUUACUGCCACAACAUAGUGUUUUUCAAUGCAUGUGACACACCAUCUGUGCAUUUUCCACACUGGGUUCUACCAGAGUCUCAUACACACUUUGUUACUGGUUUCUAUUGUCUGCUCAAUUAGUGUGUUUGUCAGCAGACUGCAGCUGUUUAUCACCUUUUUAAGAAGCCAUUCUAUUGUGUGAACAAUGUGCAGCUGGGUAGAGCUGAAUGAGCCCAACUGAAGACAGCAUGGCCCAUAAGGAACUGCAAAAAGCUGUUUUUAAAAAGCGCUUUUUUUCCUUCUUUAAAUGUACGCUCUUAAAAACAAAAUGUGAUAUGAAGUCGAGCUUUGAUGUGUAUCACAGUUCAGCUGGGUCUGAAAUCAUUCCUCGUUUAUUUAAACAGUGCUACAUUUACUGAAAUGUUCACUCCACAUAGUCCCCUAAAAAUCCACAAUGGGAUGAAAAAGUAUGGAAUGAGAAAAUAUGUAUAACAAUUAUAUUAACAAUCAUAGAAAUUAUUGCAUUUUACAGAUGUGAAAAUUGUACAGAUGUGAAAGUACAAUUGUCCGACUCUGUGAGUGAUGAUGGAAAAUAAUGAUGAACAAGUGUCUGAAAUUUCAAUUUACUGCUCAAUAAGUGUCACACACAGUAGUGAAUGAGUGAAUGAAGGAGGGGUUUCAGACACAGUAAGUAGAUAUAUAUGUGUAUACAUACACAUAUAUAUAUAUUCCUGUGUCUUGUAGUAAACUCCACUAAUGAUGUCAUGAUGACACACACACACACAUGGAUGUGCAGAUGAACAGAUUGUGCUCUUAUUGCACUCAGACUGUAGCACACUUGAGGUGGACUCAGGUGGUUUCUUGUUUCCACAUUUCAAUCAAUUCAUAGAAUUCCUUUUUUUUGGGAGGGGGGGGUGAAAUUGCUUCUAGAUUCAGACUGAACACCAGUGUCAAAGCACACAAUAAGAUGCAUCAUGUUGUGUGACAGAGCCAGUGUCACACUGAGCCACAGGGUCAAAAAAUGGAAGAUUACUUGAAAAUCAUCAUUUUAGUAUUCACGUUUUAAUUAAAUGUAUUACACAGCUAGUAAAAACAGCUACUACCUUCCCCUGUUUAAUUCAUUGAAAUGUAAAUACACACACACACACAUACAUGCACACACACACAAACACACAUAUUUUAAUAUUGAGUUUUUGCGUAUGUGAAGUUGUUCUGCACUGGAGAGUCUCACUGCUUUAUCAACACAUUUCUAUUAAAUGAAGAAUUUCCUA